CACCUUCCUUCCAAAGCCCCAAGUUUAAAACCUCCUUUCUCCCGGAGAAUCAUCAUUUCAUUUCAUUGUGCACCACCAACCCAACCCAGACCCGGAGAGAGACUCAGAGUAAUCGGGCCGGCCAUCUUGCUUCGUUCCAUGGCGUCUCUGCUUCUCAAGGGCGUGCACAAGCGUCUGGGCCUGCCCUCCAUCUCCAUCUCCUGCUCCUCCGCCGACGCCACCAACAUCAUCGCCUCCACCGGCACCGGCGCCAUCGUCGGCAGCAGCGGCCGGGCCAUCGACCGCCACUCGCCGCGGCUCCGCGACCCACACCGCUCCUCCACCUCCAAGCCGCCAAGGCCAAGCACCAGUAGCACCACCAAAGACUCGGCGCUCUCAGAGGACUCCCAGCACCAGCUGCACGGCCACGGCACCAAGAAGAAGAAGAAGAGCACCACUGCUGGUGCUGCUGGUAUCAGUGGCGGUACUAGAUCUUCGGAGAAGAGGCUGGUCAGCCCGGCCACCUCCUCCAGGUUCCUCCUCAACUCCUCCCGGCUGCAGUCCGACGACCUCGACGUCCUCGCGUUGCCCCCGCCUCCGCCGCCGUCCUUCAUCGACGCGUUCCCCGGCGGCGAAGGGAAGCCUCCGCCGCCGUCCUUCAUCGACGCGUUCCCGGCCGACGCCUCCCUGCCGGCUCCCUUCGCCAAGGACGCGCCGCCGUCGACUGUGCACCAAGCAGAGUCUUCGUCGUCAGGGACGUCCUCCUCUGCUUCGUCGUCAUCAGAGAUCACGGCCGUCCAAGACACGGAGCAGCACAAGGCGGCGGCGCUGGCGCGGUCGUCCUCGACGACGGCGGCAGCGAGGACGACGCAGGUGGUGGUGCUGCGCGUGUCGCUGCACUGCAAGGGCUGCGCGGGCAAGGUGAAGAAGCACAUCGCCAAGAUGGAGGGCGUGACGUCGUUCGACAUCGACAUCCCGAGCAAGAAGGUGACGGUGGCGGGCGACGUGACGCCGCUGGGCGUGCUCACCAGCGUCUCCAAGGUCAAGCCCGCGCAGUUCUGGCCGUCGCAGCCGUGCCCGCCCCGCGCCUCCCCUUCCUUCUGAAAUCUGAACGCGCCAACCAGUGGUCGCCCAUGGCGGAUCACUCGAUCGAAGUACGUAGUAGAAUUAGAACCUCGAGCGAGAUGGACGGCUGCCACGCACGUAAUACCUCCAUAUUUCUUUCCUUUUUCGUUCUUUAAAAGAAACGGCAUUGAAGCUCCUUGCCUUGGCAUGCAUGUGCACCCAUGGAUUUUCUACGCCUGUACUCUGAAUUGAGAUAAGUAUUUACUGGAGUACUACAGUUCCUUUUUUUUUA